AUGAUCGGCAAAGGUCUCAUCCUCCUGGGGUCGGCGUUGCCUGUCUUCGCCGCAUCGCUUGUCAAGAGGCAGAGCUCCUCUCUUGAAAGUUGUCCCGGAUACACCGCAAGCAACAUUCAGAACAAUGGCGCGAGAGUCACUGCGGAUCUUGCUCUUGCAGGCACGGCAUGCAACGUCUACGGUGAUGAUUUGACCGAUCUGAAGCUAGAAGUGGAAUACCAAACUGAAAGUCGAUUGCAUGUCAAGAUUUACGAUUCUGCAGAGCAGGUCUUCCAAAUCCAGGAAUCUGUCUGGCCUAGACCUCAGGGUGACGAUGGUUUCGAUCCUGCCAGCUCAGCUCUUGUUUUCUCACACACGGAGAGCCCGUUCUCCUUUACAAUCGCUCGCAGAGACACCAAUGAGACCAUCUUCGAUACUUCUGCAGCAAGCUUGGUAUUUGAGACGCAGUAUCUCCGUCUCAGGACCAAGCUGCCCGAAGCCCCCAACAUUUAUGGCCUGGGCGAGUCUACUGAUUCUUUCCAUUUGAACACUACCAACUACACUCGAACUCUGUGGAACCGUGACGCUUAUGGAACUCCUCCAGGAACGAACCUUUAUGGAUCUCACCCUGUGUACUUCGACCACCGUGGCGAAAAAGGUACUCACGGGGUACUCCUUGCCAGCUCUCAGGGUAUGGACAUUAAGAUCGAUGAUUCUGAUGGUCAAUUCCUCGAGUACAAUGCACUUGGCGGUGUUGUGGACUUGUACUUCUUGGCGGGUCCAACACCCAAAGAGGUGGCUAUUCAGUACUCUGCCUUGUCCGGGACCGCUGCCAUGAUGCCUUACUGGGGGUUCGGUUUCCAUCAGUGCAAGUAUGGUUACCGCGAUGUGUGGGAGGUUGCCGAAGUCGUGGCCAACUACACCCAAGCCAACAUCCCAAUGGAAGUCAUGUGGACUGACAUUGACUACAUGGAGCUCCGUCGAUUGUUCACACUAGAUCCUGAACGCUACCCGUUGGAGCUGGUACGUGGUCUGGUUGAUUACCUGCAUGCUCACCAGCAGCACUACAUUGUUAUGGUCAAUUCCGCUGUAUGGGCGGGCGAUAACGAUGUCUACAACGAAGGGGUUGAGCAAAACGUAUGGCAAAUCCGUGAAAACGGCUCCAUCUACCAGGGCGCUGUCUGGCCAGGCCCAACUGUCUUUCCUGACUGGUUCCACCCUAACACCCAGGACUACUGGAACAGCCAGUUUGAGCAGUUCUUCGAUCCUGCAAAAGGUGUUGACAUUGACGGACUCUGGAACGAUAUGAAUGAGCCUGCCAACUUCUGCUCAUACCCAUGCCCCGACCCUGUAGCCUACUCGGAGGAAUCUAAGAACCCCCCAGAGCCUCCGCCAGUUCGCCCCGGUGGACCUGGCCGUGAGAUUCCUGGGUUCCCUGCUGGCUUCCAACCUGGAUCUGGUACCAACGCUACGAAACGCACGCUUCAGUCUCGCCAAUUCAAUUCAAAGCUGUCAAUGGUCAAGCGCUCUGUGCAUGCACGCCAGUCCAACGGGACGACCGCUCGUCUUGGUCUACCAGGCCGUGAUCUUAUCAAUCCCGCGUAUGAGAUCCAGAACGCUGCUGGAACCAUCAGCAACAAAACGAUGGACACCGAUAUUCGCAACUACGAUGGAUCUUACCACUACGACACCCACAACUUCUGGGGUUCGCUCAUGUCGAUUGCGUCGAGGGAGUCUAUGUUGCAGCGACGACCAGAGCGCCGUCCUUUCUUGAUCACACGAUCGACAUUCGUUGGCCUCGGAAAGUAUGUAGGCAAGUGGCUCGGCGAUAACGUCAGCACAUGGGAGCAAUACCGUUUCAGUAUUGGCGGAAUCCUCAACUUCGCUUCCAUCUUUCAGAUCCCAAUGGUUGGACCCGAUAUCUGUGGUUUUGCCGGUAACACUACCGAGACUCUCUGCGCUCGCUGGGCCACCCUUGGAGCGUUCUACCCGUUCAUGAGGAAUCACGCAGGCGACACCUCCAUCUCCCAAGAAUUCUACCGCUGGCCCCUAACCCGCGCUGCAGCGAGCAAUGCUAUCGCUAUUCGCUAUCGCCUGCUCGACUACAUCUAUACCGCCUUCCACCGCCAGACUGAGACCGGUCUUCCGCUACUGAACCCACUGUUCUUCCACUACCCAGAGGACGCCAACACUUUCGGGAUUGAGUACCAGUUCUUCUACGGCGACGACAUUCUUGUCUCGCCUGUGCUGGAAGAGAACAGCACUUCCGUCAGCAUCUACCUGCCCAACGGCAUCUUCUACGACUGGUGGACACUCGAGCAGAUCCAAGGCAAGGGUUCACAUAUUAACCUCACCGAUGUAGGCUUCGAUUCCAUCCCACUGCACAUCCGUGGUGGCGCCAUCCUACCUCUGCGUGCCGAGUCAGCAAACACAACCACGGAGCUGCGCAAGCAAGACUUUGUGAUCUGGAUUGCGCCAAACUCCACCAACCAGGCCUACGGAACGCUGUAUCUCGAUGAUGGCGAUAGUCUGGAGCAGGACGGCACGAGCGAGAUCGUCUUUACGUACGACAACGGCAAAUUCAGCAUGAAAGGCGACUUUGGCUACGACACCGAUGUCCAGGUCAAGAACAUCACGCUGCUCGGUGCGAAUGGCCAACAAACGCUUCAGGGCCCUGUGCCUUUGACUGGAGAGUACAGUGUCACGUUCAACGGCACUGGUGGUAACUACACCGGCGGUGGCAGCCCGCAGCAGUUCGAAGGUAAAGCGACAAGGAACAGUGUCGGUGCGCUUAUCGGCGCUGCUGCCGGCGCCGCGUUGUUGGCUUUGUAG